AUGUUGAUGCGUCUGGUCAAUUCCGAUAAUCGUCUCUUUCAAACAUUUGUCAAUCGAAUUCAAUUUCGCGUCUUCGACCAUCCGAGCAGGUUAGAUGCAAGACUCUAUGCUUGGUCCCGCUUCGAUUAUAAUCAUUGUGAUGUCAGACGAUUGUUUCACAAAGCCAAGGAAUUGUGCGUCCAAUUCGAUAAAAAUGUCAAUACCUGUUCUGGAGCCGCUUUUGAAAGGAUCAUCGCUGCCUAUCGACGCGUUUCAAAUCUCCCUCGGGAUAGAUCGUCACCCGAUCUCCUGGUGGAUCUGGUCCAAGCAAUCAUGACCCAUCGUCAGGAACUAGACGACACUCAGAAUGCCAUUGAUGCUCGACACGAUUUACCAGUCUACCAUCGUGUUCAUCGUCUACUUGAUCUACUGGGCGCGCACAUCGAUGAACUGCGAACACAGAGCGAAGAAUCUCUACAUGCCAUUGCUGAUCUCGCUCUUCGGUUCGAUCUGACGUUUGCUCCAAUCGUCGGACGCAUUCUGAUCGGCUUGGCCAAGAACAGGACAGAGUUGAAUGCCGUCCUCGUUCAUCUGCAAGAGUUUCUAGGCGAUUCCUAUGCUCAGCGACUGAUCUCCAAGCUAGGGGUCCAGCUCGGCAAGACCGAUCGUUUCUGUUCGUUUGUCGAACAACUGAGUGGUGAGGAAAAACUUGACCUGGUAGAAUGGUUCGUCCGCGAGCAGCAUCAAGAAUCGUUCGUCUUCGAUUUACUCACCAAAAAAGUCUUUCUUCAAGCGAAUGCGGACCGAGAACGAUGCCAACUUCUUCUUCGUCAACUUCGACAAAGUCGUCAUCUGGACGUGCGACAGAAAGCCCUCAAAUACACUGUUGCUUGGAACGAAGACGAUGGACCAAUUAACGAUGGUGAUGACGAAAUGGAUGUUUCAUCUGAUUCCGACAUCUCAUAA